ACAAUAUUUGGUGCUGGUUCCCCUCCUGAUCCGCACAGAGACCCCUGAGAACAUCUGCGUCCAGUUGAACCACCUGAACGAGUCCGUGACACUGAGCGCCACGCUGGAAUACGCAGCACACAACAGAAGCCUCAUCAGUGAUGUGAUAUCCGAGAAGGAUUUUUUCCGGUGCAUCCCCAUUGAGCUUCCCCGAUUGAACGGCACCUCGAACCCCUCGGUGCUCCUUCUCACUGUGAAGGUGGAAGGGCAGACGCUGGCCUUUUGGAGCCGGAGAAGGGUGCUCGUGAAAAACGUGGACAGCCUGGUCUUUGUCCAAACGGACAAACCCAUCUACAAGCCAGCACAGGAAGGUAAACAACCAGUUCCGGUGGAAAGACAAUUCCUUGGAAAUCUUGCCUAAUCUGUCCAAACAAGG